AUGGCCACACAGCACCAAAACAUUGGAGCUCGAGCUCCUGUACCAGCAGGUCAACAAGCUGCAUUAGCUAGAAAUGUCAUGGUAGAUACAAAUGCUAGACCCAUUAGCACAGCUCAACAAAAAAUGCCAGGUGCUGUUUCUGCUGGAAGUGUACAUGUUCCUGGAGCACGUGAUACAGGCUCUGGAUAUAAAUAUACCCCUAAUAUGCGUAAUCCUCUUAGUCAAGAUCAAGGCAUAGGACAAGCACAACCUGGUCAAGCUCAAGGUAUGGGACAAUCACAACCUGGUCAAGCUCAAGGCAUGGGACAAGCACAAUCUGGUCAAGCUCAAGGCAUGGAACAAGUACAACCUGAUAAAGCAGCUGUACAUGUAUAUGGACAAGAACCACUUACUGCAACAAUGUUGGCCACCGCUAAGCCGGAAGAUCAAAAACAGAUGUUGGGAGAGAGGCUUUUCCCUCUUAUUGAGCGGAUGUAUCCGGAAUUGACUGGUAAGAUCACUGGUAUGUUGCUGGAGAUCGACAAUUCUGAUUUGCUUCACAUGUUGGAACAUCAUGAAUCUUUGAAGAACCAAGUAGAAAAGGCUGUUGCUAUGCUUCAGGCCCACCAAGCACAAUAG